GUAUAUAGACAUCAGAAUUAAAUCGAUAAACAAAUCGCGUUGUUAUAGAGAUGCGUUUAAACAAAGCUUUUUGAAGUCACAGGUCACGGACAAUUUCCGAGAGAGAUUUAAAUGACUCAUCGGUUAACGUGUCAAAGCUGAUAGCCUCUUCUAGUCUUCAAUUUGAUAUAUUUCGGCAUUGAUAUGGCAAGUUUGCCCCUUUUACCAGGAUACACUUUUCAAGAUAUUACCGUCACAGAUUAUAAAUUACCGCACAAACUCGAUGUCCUAAACGGCUUCCCGAUAGUACGCGACACCAAGUAUGAUAUCGGAAGAAGACCGACGGAUACAGCGUCCGUACGCUACGCAGAACGUUCAGAUCCCAUAGAAUACGAUUCAUCGUUGACUUAUGGCCGUACGUCUCGUUAUGCAUAUCGACAAUUUAUACCGCAUUAUGCGCUCUUUGCUCAAAAGUGCCUUUGCUUCAAGGCUUUUUUCCGUCAAGGAGUUUACAACUCUCCGGAUGAACACUAUCGCAUCCGGUAUGUGAAUAUCAUCUAUUACCUGGAAGACGAUACAAUUUGCAUAAUGGAGCCCAUCGUGAAAAACGCCGGUCUCGAACAAGGUAGAUUAGUAAAACGCGACAGAAUUCCAAAGAACGCUAACGGAAACCUAUUCAUCUGGAAGGACUUUAACGUUGGAAUUGAUGUGUGUAUUUACGGCGUGGUUUAUCAUAUCAUCGAUUGCGACUCGUUUACGAGAAAAUUCCUAACGAGCCAGGGAAUCGACGUUGGUGAGCGGGAAAGCCAUCCCACGGAUCCUUACGCGGAAUUGCGCAACAUCAAAUACAGUCCUUCAACGGUGUCUUCGCGUUCGACCAAGAACGAUACCAGGCGACGUUUUUUGGAAUACGAUGGCAUGGUGCUUUCAUUCGGCGCUUCAUGGAACGACGAUCGUUAUCAGGUGUUAUAUUUUUUGACAGACGACACUGUGGCAAUCCGCGAAAUACAUACACCCAACGACGGUAAGGAUCCCGUAGCGAUGUUGCUUAGACGAAUGCGCGUGCCCAAGAAUUGGCGAAACUCAUCGUCUUGGCAUCCAAGUAUGGAAUUGAAAGACUCCGGAAUCGUGGAAUACUAUACACCGCGAGACUUCAGACUGGGUGAAACAAUCGUCCUAUUUGGUCGACAAUUCUUGCUCCACGAUUGCGACACUUUCACGCGUAGGUACUACUCCGACGUGCUGGGUGCGCCGCAACCGAGUGCGAUUCCGCUUCCUGCAAGAGCAGAAAGGCCGGUGCAAUAUCAAGUGCCGUCGCGUAUAAAAUUUAACACUUUUGAGGAUGCCAGUUGUCUGUCCAUGCUACCGAAGCCGCCUAAGAAGGACGUCAUUCGCCAGUUGGCAAACUUAUCGAAAAAGUUGCGCUACUCCGCGCGAAUGGAUGCGGUACAUCCGGAAGACCAAGAUCGCGAAUUCGUAUUGGAGUACAGUCUGAGCAACGGCACAAUUCAGAUAAAUGAGAUCGAGAAACGCAAUUCAGGUAGACGCGAGGGUUGUUUCCUAUCCUCAAGGUUGAUUCCAAAGCCAUGCAGCGCGAGAAAAGACGAUUCAGAAUACUAUAUGCCGCAAGACUUCUUUGUUGGCGCGAUUAUUAAUGUGUUUAAUCAUCGCUUUAUCAUCACUGGUGCUGAUCUAUUUGUAUAUCGCUACGUCGAAGCAAAUCGCGAAAACUUUUGUCAGGAGGUUCAAGACAAUCUACGUAAUUACUUCCUACAGCUGGGAAUGUUGCAGAACGACGACAUAAACGCUGAAGCACAAAAAAUACAAGAGGCGGAGAAAGAAAAGCUUUUCUCAGAUAACGCGAUUAUGGAAAGCAUCAAAGGCUACGUUGACGCGAAUAAAUAUAUUAAUCAAACAUUUAAUACGACUGGUUGUAAGGAAUUAAUGGCAGAUUAAUUUUUAAAAUCAAUUAAUGUACCUAAAUGAAUAUGUCUUCUAACGCAUAUUUCUGAAUCGAGUCGCUGUAAUGUCUGCAAAUAAAUUGCCUAGCAUUGCGGAUUGUUGCACAGAAUGUGUUGUAUCAAAGUGAAAGAAGCAUAAAAAAAAAAACCAAAAAAGUGCAUUUAACAAUAAGAAUCAUAUCUCAUGAAAUGUCAUCAAUGAUACAAUAAUAAUGCUUGUUGCUAUCGUGUACAUUACAAUAGAUUAAUUGCAAUAUUAUUUUUUCACUUCCUGUUAUAUUAUUCUCAACUCAUUUCUCUCCUCCCUCUCUCUCUCUCUCUCUCUUUCUUU